AUGAUUGUAGCACCAGCUAAUGAAGCUAUCUCGUACAUUGCAAAACAGUAUCACAUCGAGCCCAGGAUCAACAGCCCGUAUGUUGGGGAGCCACGUCCAGAGCUUGACGACGCUUGGGAAAGUCUUCUGGCCAACACCAACAUCCGUCUCUCUCAGAAGGACAUGGAGGCCCUAGAUCGAGAUGAAGGCAUUGCUCUGCCCGACGGCGGAUACCUCGGUAUCAUCAAUGCCUAUCAUGAGCUCCACUGUAUAAAACGUCUCCACCACGCGCUCUACCCCUCACAUUACUUCCCCAAUCUCAGCGCCAAAGAGCAGAAGAUGAACCUGAUGCACAGCGAGCACUGCCUUGACACCCUGCGUCAAGGCAUCAUGUGCCACGGUGACACCUCACUUCUGACGCUGAAGUGGGUGCCGUGGACAAAGAUUCCGUUGGCAAACUUCUCGGCCCCACAUCAGUGUGUGAAUUGGAAGAAGCUCGACGGUUGGGCAGGGGAGCACUCGGUGCCCAGAAUCUUUGAGAAAGAUUAUGUCGUUCAUCCGACUCUGGGGCCGUCUUUUGGAGGGAAUGGGAGCGCGCAUUUGGGUGUUGCGGUGGAUCAAAGUUAG